AUGUUUGUAGGGCGAAGUGUCGAUCUGCGGCCCUGGGGGUUGGAUGCCCGAAAGCCAAGUGCUUCUGGCACUGCGGUGGACCAUGCUGCGGAGAGCGAAGUUCGAUGGACGCCAGUCUUAGCUUUUCCAGUUUUGGUCUCCCUGUGGCCUUGGCGCGUGCACUUCUGCUGCCGAGGAGAGCAGACUGCAGGGCCUGGCCCGGCAGCUGAGCUGGGCGGUGCGCUGCCCUGGCUCUUCGGAUUUCUUGAGAUUUUCCUCAGUCGAAACGCCGAGGCGGCCGUGGAGCUUUGGGUCGCAGAUCGCGGAGCCGAAACGGCGUGGGGUCGCUUGGCAAGGCUACGCCAUGCGACGCUUCAUGGGAUCUUCGAAAAUGGACCUCGGUUUCAAGUCAACAGCGGCGCGUCCUCCGCCUCCGUUGUCUUGGCUGCCUGCGGAAGGGCGCAAGCCUGGCGCGCGAGCUUGGCGCUUCUCGGAAAGGUUCAGCAAUGCCAGUUGCAGCCCACGCUGCGAAGCUUCAACGCCACCAUGGCCGCUGUUGCCCGCGCCGAGCAGCUGCAGCAGGCCCAAGCCCUUCUUUCAACGCUGCGUCGUGCUCGCGCUCUGCCGGCGUCAAGUGUCCAGGCACUGCUGGGCGUUGCUGUGGCAACUUCUCGCUGGCAGUGGUCCCUGCGUCUUCUGCGCUCUGCCCGCGAUGGCCCGGCCCUGUCAGCGGCCGCGGCCGCUUGCGGCAGGCGGCGGCAGUGGCAGCGAAGCCUGGCUCUCUUUCAGGAGGCCUGCGCUCGGCGUCUGCCCUGGGAUGCCGGCCUUUUGCAGGCCGUGCUGAGUGCCUUGGCAGAGGCCAAGCAGUGGGAACGAGCGAUGAGUCUGCUGACAUACCAGGAGGCUCCAGACCUGGCCGCUUGCAAUGCAGCGCUCAGGGCAUGCCCAGACUGGCAGCUCUCCCUGCUGAUGCUCCACGACUUUCGUCAUUCAGGCCUUGCCCCCGAUGAGUUCAGCUUUGCCUCCGCACUCAGCGCCGCUUCGCGGCGCAGCGCCUGGGAGGCGGCGCUGGUACUGAGACACGAGAUGGUGUUGGACUCGGUGAGCGCUGAUGCGGUGGUCUUUGGCAUUACGCAGGGGUCUGCGUUGGCAGGCAAAGGCUUCAGCUUGCUGGUGGCAGAUGUGGUCGAAGCCGCAGAGGCAUGUGGCUUGUCUGUUUUGGAGCCCAGCAGCCCGCAGCCUUUCUAUUUGGGGAGCUGCAGCGAAGGACAGCAGUGGCAAGCGCAGUCGAGUUCCAGCCUAAGCGUCACUAUCUACUCUUGGGAGAUGUUGGGAGUACUGUCUGUCACUUUCUUCGAGCCGACCUCAACGCCCUGCCAGCUCUGCCUCAGCGAAGUGAGGAGGUCAGGCCGGGCCGUGGCUGUGGCGGUGGGCUGGGUCCUCGGCAUCCUCGGUGAUUUGGCAAUUCUGGCCGUGGAGGAUGAGUUCUGGAAGGGCAAGGAGUCUUUGACGUUGUCGCGAGACAUCCCGAAGCUGGACGACAACGUGACGUGCAUUGGCUUUCCUGUGGGCGGAGAGAACAUCUCUGUGACCCGCGGUGUGGUGUCGCGUAUCGAUGUCCACCAUGACGGGCUGCUGCGAGUCCAAAUCGAUGCAGCAAUCAACCCAGGCAACUCUGGUGGCCCCGUUCUGGGAAGUCACGGUAAGAUCGUGGGUGUGGCGGCGAGCCAUCUGAAGCAUGCCUCGAAUAUCGGCUACAUCAUUCCAACGCAGGUCUUGGAGCAAUUCAUCUCCUGUGCAGGAUUGCAGGGCGCUCCCGAGCGCGCAGCUGAAGGCGGAGAGCCCGCGAAGGGAUACCUCGGCGUCUCUUCCCUCGGUGUUGGCAGCGUGCAGACGUUGGAGAGCGUCCCGCUGCGGCGGAUGUUUGGCCUGCCAGAGGCCCAUGUUCACAGAUGGGAUGCAUGCUGCGGAGAGGUAGCACCGCUUGGGUCAUCAUCUGGAAAGCUACAGGAGGAUGAUGUGCUCUUGGAGAUUGAUGGUGUCGAAAUUAGCCAGGACGGUACCGUUCCUUUGCGAGACAAUGAGCGAAUCCACUUCCUGCACAUGGUCACGAAGCGCAGCGCCGGAUACGAGUCCGUUCAUCUCAAAGUCUGGCGCCAGAAGAGCGAGCUAGAGGUGGACAUUCCCCUGAGGCCCGACCGCUGGCUGGUUCCACGCAUGGAUGGCUACGAUGCUGCCGCCGAGUACACGAUUGUGGGUGGCCUGGUCUUCAUUCCUCUGAGCCGGCCGUGGGCCGACCUGAAAUGCAACGAGAAGCAAUGGAACCAAGCGCGUGCCCUGAUGAACCAGUAUGUGGGCCAAGCUCUGUCGGAGGAGGGAAGGCAGGUCAUCAUCCUCUCCAAGGUGUUGGCACAUCCGUGCAACUCGGGCUACCAUUCCUUCGGCAACAUUGUCCUGCACACCUUCUGUGGGGAACCGAUGCGGAAUGUCGCGGAGCUCGCCAGAGCGGUGGCACGAUGUGAGCAGCAGCAGCUCGUGUUCCAUUUCCUUCGUCCUUUCGGCGAUGGGAAGGAAUUGGUGGUCCUCGAUCGGUCGGAGUGCCAGACUGCUGAGGCGGAGAUUCUGGCUCAACAUCUGAUCGGGUCACCCAGCAUGGUUCGAAUCGAUGGUCGCGGGGAGCCGCGGGCUCUGGAUCCCGAGGCCGACCACACCGCUGCGACGACCUGA